AUGGCUAAGAAUCUGUUGAAUCUUUCGAUCGAAGAAAAGGAACAUUUUUUUGACUCGUUUGACGUUGUCCAGACAGACUGUGAUGGCGUACUGUGGCUUUUGGGAAAUCCCUUCGAAGGUGUAGAACGAGCCGUGCGAGCAUUGCGAACUAAUGGCAAGCGGGUUAUCUAUGUUUCGAACAACAGUGUCCGCCCGAUGGAGGACUACCGGGCAAAGCUAGACAAGCUGACCGACCACACGGUGGACGAUGACGACAUCAUUCACCCAGCCAAAAUCGUAGUUCAAUACCUGCGGGAACGAAAGUUCGAUGCACUCUGCUACGUCAUUGGUAGUACGAAUUUCAAAAACUACCUCAAGGAAGCCGGCUUUCAAGUGCUUGAAGGUCCAGAUGAGCCAGUACAGGAAUCGGUAAGAGCAGUGUCGGCAUGCAUUAGUGAUGGGCAGCCGGUAAAAGCGGUAAUAGUGGACUUUGACUACAACAUGAACAACGUAAAAUUGCUCCGUGCUCAGCUGUACCUGCAACAUGACGCCCUGUUCAUUGCAGGUGCCAUGGACACGGUUCUGCCGCUUGGUCCACGAAUGCGGCUCAUCGGUCCGGGGUGUUAUGUGGAGGUGCUGCAAAAGAUAGCCGACCGCAAACCGAUCGUACUGGGCAAGCCGGGUGUGCAAAUGAGCCAAAUGUUAAAGCGAAUGUACUCGAUCGAAGAUCCACGUCGGGUACUGUUUGUGGGUGACCAGCCGGAAAUGGAUGUAAAGUUUGGACACAUUUCCAACUACCAAACGCUGCUGGUGGGUACGGGCGGUGUCAGAGAGGAGCAGUUAAAGGAAUUUUCCGACAAGCCGGACAUAACGCCCGACUACUACAUCGAAUCUUUUGCUGCGAUCGAGCAGAUAGUACGUGAAGUUGUAGUGUACAAGGCACGGAAUGGCGAUAAGUCUGGCCCGUAG